UCUGUGAGCCGGACCAGGUUAAGGACCCUUUUCCUAGGCUUUGGAACCAGCAAAUCCCUUUGGAACACAGUCGGGUGUCUUAAAGAAAGUGUGCAGAUUUUGCUUUGAGAUCAAUUCUAGAAAUGUAAGAUUUUUUUGAAACUUGCUUCCUUUUGUGAAAACUUUUGGACUCCUUAGGGUUGGCUAUAUUUCUUCAUAACUGUUUCUAAACUCACAUUGCCUGAUUCUGUCUAAGAAAAAUAUCAAAAUUCCUUCUUAUCUGAAAACAAACAAGUCUCAUAAUAAUGUUUGGUCAUUUAUUACUGUUCUUCUAAGUAAAUCAUUGCCGGGGACUGUUGUUUCUUAACGGUGUGAGUACACGCCCUUCCGAGGGGGCAGAUUUAACUCACUCAUACUUCCUCCUUUGUUAGAAGAGCUCAGAGUCUCAGCAGCUGGAGUGCCUCAGCUGGGCUCUGCUUCUCCAUGGCUCCUGCAGGUUCUCCAGCCUCCCUUCCCCUGUGUGUGUGUCUGCUGCUGGCCUCUGGCUUUGCCCAGGCAGGCAGACUGCUGGUGGUCCCCAUGGAUGGGAGCCACUGGUUCACCAUGCAGUCGGUUGUGGAAAAGCUCAUCCACAGAGGGCAUGAGGUGGUGGUAGUCGUGCCAGAGGUGAGUUGGCAACUGCGAAAAUCCCUGAAUUUUACAGUGAAGACGUAUUCAAUUUCUCACACCAUAGAGGAUUUAAACCGCGAGUUCAAGUUUUUUAUGGAUGCUCAAUGGAAACCUCAACACGAGGGACUGGUUCCUAUACUAGGGAGUCCAGCCCAACGGUUCUUUGAAUUACUGUUUUCACACUGUAGGGAUUUGUUUAACGACAAGAAGUUAGUGGAGUACUUGAAGCAGAGUUCUUUUGAUGCUGUGUUUCUGGAUCCUUUUGAUGUGUGCGGCUUAACUGUUGCCAAGUACUUGUCACUCCCGUCGGUGGUCUUCGGUAGGACAAUGUUUUGUCACUAUCUUGAAGAGGGUGCCCAGUGCCCCAGCCCUCCUUCUUAUGUUCCCAGAGCUCAUUUGAAAUUAAUAGGCACCAUGACUUUCACGGAGAGGGUGUGGAACCACCUUGCCUACAUGAUGGAACGUGCAUUUUGCCCUACCCUUUUCAAAGUUGCUACAGAAAUUGCCUCUGAAGUUCUCCAGACCCCAGUGACUAUGGAUGACCUCGUUAGUCAAGUGUCCAUGUGGUUGUUACGCACAGACUUUAUGUUGGAGGUCCCUAGACCUAUGAUGCCUAACAUAGUCUUCGUUGGUGGGAUCAACUGCCACCAGGGAAAGCCGAUUUCCAAGGAAUUUGAAGCCUAUGUCAAUGCCUCUGGGGAGCAUGGCAUCGUGAUUUUCUCUUUGGGAUCCAUGGUCUCAGAGAUUCCGGAGAAGAAAGCCAUGGAAAUCGCUGAGGCUUUGGGCAGAAUUCCUCAAACGGUCCUGUGGCGCUACACUGGACCUAAACCAUCGAAUCUUGCGAAGAAUACAAUACUUGUAAAAUGGCUACCCCAAAAUGAUCUGCUUGGUCAUCCAAAGACUCGGGCGUUCAUCACACACUCUGGUUCCCAUGGUAUUUAUGAAGGAAUAUGCAAUGGAGUCCCAAUGGUGAUGAUGCCCUUGUUUGGUGAUCAGAUGGACAAUGCCAAGCGCAUGGAAACUCGGGGAGCUGGAGUCUCCCUGAAUGUCCUUGAAAUGACUGUUGAUGAUUUGGAAAAUGCCCUUAAAAAGGUCAUCAAUGACAAGAGCUACAAGGAGAACAUCAUGCGCCUCUCCAGACUUCACAAGGACCGUCCUAUAGAGCCUCUGGACCUGGCUGUGUUCUGGGUGGAGUACGUGAUGAGGCACAAGGGGGCGCCACAUCUCCGUCCGGCCGCCCAUGACCUCACCUGGUACCAGUAUCACUCCUUGGAUGUGAUUGGCUUCCUCCUGGCCAUCGUGUUGACAGUGGUCUUUAUUGUAUUUAAAUGCUGUGCCUAUGGCUUCCGGAAAUGCUUUGGGAAAAAGGGGCGAGUUAAGAAAUCACACAAAUCCAAGACCCAUUGAGAUGUGGGUGGGAAGUGAAGGGGAGGUAUCGGUCCAUUCUCCAAUCAGUUUGAAACUUGAAAACAGAAUCAGUGUUAAAUUAUUUUGCUUUUAUUAGGGAAAUAAUUAGCCAUACAUUACAUACCUAGAACAUUUUUAAAAAGUAAAAACAGUCUAAUUGCUAGCCACACCCAACAGGGAAGGUAUGGACAACACUCGCCAUCUGUUAGUAACUUACAGAAAGUUGGGUACUCUGUAUUCAGUGACAGCCCCACAGUUGUGCCUGCCCCCCCUUCAGCUGGUAGAUCUCUCACCUGGACUGUCAGACUAUUAUGGCCUUCUCCAGUGCUUGUCACUCCUCACUUUGCUGAGGUGUGUUGUAGCUUUGGGGGAUGGACGAUGCUAUGAAACUGAUGGUACUGUGUUUGAGAUGACAUCAUUGCUUGUGUGAAGCAGGUCUGAAUUUGAUGAAAACCAAUAUAUUCUUUGGCAAGAACAUCUUCUGUAGUGUUUCCCAAACCAAGAACUUGCUAAUAAAUUCAUAUAAAUUGUC